UUGCCAGUGGGCCAGCUUGAAGAAAGCCGGUGAAGAAUCGUAAACCAGUGUGUCUUUACGUCUGGACUUGCUGUUCCGGGACUUUACAUUCUAACAUUUAUCGGCUGCGUACAGUAUUGGGACGAAGAGCUGUGUCAGAAAGUACCUCUACAUUUGAUUCAAACGCACAGCAGGACACGCCCCUCGGUCUGGACCGCUUUCACUCCACUUCCUACUUGGUUUGAUCCUUUUCACAAUCACGCCAUGUGGAAGAUAAGGUAACUUCCUGUGCUAGGCCCUUUUGAACACUGACCUGAUCUCCAAUGUCUGAAGACGGCGACUCCAAACGGUACCUGUACUCGGCCCUAGAGGGGCGGGAGAGGCACCGAGAGAGGAGUAGCUUCCAGAGGGAGAACGCCUCCCCCUGUGGCACCAUGGCACAGCUCCACUGCAUGGGCGGUUUUGGGGAAGGACGGAGGCGGGACGGGGGGGAGAUGGAGACUGAGUUAGGAUUGGCCUCUGAAGGGAGUGACAGCAGUCACGACCACUCUGCCCCGCUCUGCCCCGCCCAUGGCAACGAGUCCCAUGGCAACGAGUUCCAUGGCAACGAGUCCCAUGGCAACGAGUCGGUUGGCAGCUCCAACGGCAACAGCAAGGACUCUGCCCUACUGGAAUCGUCGGGUAGCAACAAGAGCUCCAACUCCCAUAGCCCAUCACCCCCCAGUAGUUCCAAUGCCUUCAGUCUGGUGAGCUCAGAGCAGGACAACCCUUCUACCAGCGGCUGCAGUAGCGAACAGUCUGCCAAGGCCAAGACGCAGAAAGAGCUGUUUAAGACCGUCAAAGAGCUGAAGAUGCACCUGCCCUCCGAGAAACGGAGCAAGAGCAAGGCCAGCACGCUCAACACGCUGAAAUACGCCCUCCGCUGCGUCAAGCAGGUCAAAGCCAAUGAGGAGUAUUACCAGAUGCUGAUGAUCAACGACAGUCAGCCUCCAGGUCUUGACGUGUCCUCUUACACCAUCGAGGAAAUCCACAGCAUCACCUCAGAGUACACCCUCAAAAACACUGAUAUUUUCGCUGUCGCCGUGUCGCUCAUCACGGGCAAGAUCGUGUACAUCUCAGACCAGGUGGCGUCCAUCUUGAACUGUAAACGAGAGGUGUUUACCAACGCCAAGUUUGUGGAGUUCCUCAGUCCGCAGGACGUCAGCGUGUUCUACAGCUUCACCACGCCCUACCGCCUGCCCUCCUGGAGCAUGUGCACCGGAGCAGAAUCAUCUCCCACAGAGUGCAUGCAGGAGAAAUCCUUCUUCUGUCGUAUCAGCGGCGGUAAGGAGCGCGAGGGCGACCUGCAGUACUACCCCUUCAGGAUGACCCCGUAUCUGAUGAAGGUGCAGGACUGCAGCCUGGCCGAGGAGCAGUUCUGCUGCCUCCUGCUGGCUGAGAGGGUGCACUCCGGGUAUGAGGCCCCCAGAAUCCCCUCUGACAAGCGCAUCUUCACCACGACACACACGCCCAACUGUGUGUUCCAGGAUGUGGACGAGAGGGCUGUUCCCUUGUUGGGCUACCUCCCCCAGGACCUGAUAGGAACCCCCGUGCUGCUCAACCUCCACCCCAGCGACCGGCCCCUGAUGCUGGCUAUCCACCGCAAGAUCCUGAAGUACGUGGGGCAGCCCUUCGACUGCUCGUCCAUCCGCUUCUGCACGCGCAACGGCGAGUACAUCACCCUGGACACCAGCUGGUCCAGCUUCGUCAACCCCUGGAGCCGCAAGGUGUCCUUCGUCAUCGGACGCCACAAAGUCCGCAUGGGUCCUGUGAAUGAGGACGUGUUCGCUGCUCCAGCCUUCACUGAGGGGAAGAUCAUGGAUUCAGACAUUCAGGAAAUGACUGAGCAGAUUCACAGACUGCUGCUGCAGCCGGUUCAUAACAUUGGCUCCAGCGGUUACGGUAGCCAUGGCAGCAACGGUUCCCACGAGCAGCUGGUGACCAUGAGCCCGUCCAGCGAGAGUAACGGGAACGCCUCCGGGAACGCAGUGGAGGAGCCGGGCAAGGCCAAGCCGAGAACCUUUCAGGAGAUCUGUAAAGGGAUCCACAUGCAGAAGACCCAGGACCAAGCGCUCUACCUGUCCUCUCCCUCCCCAUCCCCCUCCAAACACGAACAGAGGAGGACCGCUGAAAGCGCCCAGCGGGGUCCUCUGGGGCGCGUGAGAGACGCGGCGGCGCGGGACGCCACCACCGUGGAGGAGCUCAUCUGCAAAGACCAGAGCGUGCACUCCUACCAGCAGAUCAGCUGCCUGGACAGCGUCAUCAGGUACCUGGACGGCUGCAACAUCCCCAUCACGGUGAAACGGAAGUACCAGUGUUCGUCCAACACCGCGUCGUCCAACUCGGACGAAGACAGGAAGGGCUCGGACAACGGCAUGCCGGGGCCGCAAGAGUCUCUCAUCCCGGAAGCCAAGGCAGAAAGCCAGUGCAGCUACAGCAGCACCAUCGUCCAUGUCGGGGACAAGAAGCCCCAGCCAGAGUCUGAGAUCAUUGAGGACUUGACCGAAAGCCCCGCCCCCCCGCCGCCGCCGCCCGUCAGCGUGGUGUGCCCGCCCCCUCAAGAGAAGGAGGCCUAUAAGAGGCUGGGCCUGACCAAGCAGGUGCUGGCUGCUCACACUCAGAAGGAGGAGCAAGCCUUCCUCAGCCGCUGCCGCGAGCUCCGCCCCGCCAGAACCUCCCAGAAGGACUGCUCCGCCCACCUGCGCAAGCACAGAGGAACCGCCAACGCCGGGGGUGUCAGGGGUUCCACCAAACUGGGAGACGCUGCCAGACCCGAGAACGCCGCCAAGAAGGGCGGCCGCAACAGGAAGUCCAAGAAGCCGCGCAUGAGGCGUCCCGAUUCGUCGGACAGCGCCGUCUCCCAUCGCAAGCCCCGCCCUCCUCUUCAGGGCCUCAACCAAACGUCCUGGUCCCCUUCGGAAGCCUCCCUGUCCGCUUUCAGCGUGCCCUAUCCCACCAUACUGCCAGGAUACCCUCUCUCGGUGUACCCGUCUGGCCCGGCAGCCCCGACCCAACCCUCUCACCCCGACCCCUCUCUCUCCACCCAACCCAGCCAAGCUCAACCCAAACUCAACGCCACUCCAUAUCCUGCCCCCAUAGUCACCCCCGUGGUGGCAUUGGUUUUGCCCAACUACCUGUUCCCCCAGAUGGGACAACUAGGGCAAAUGGGGGCUGCCCCAAACGAGCCGGCCUACACUUCCCAUCAGCCCUUCCCAACCCCACCCACCUACACUACCCAGCAGCCAUUCUCAACCCCUCAAGGGGCCUACACUACCCAUCAGCCCUUCCAAGCCACGCAAACAGCCUACCCCAGUCAGCAGCCUUUCCACACUCAACCCGCCUACACUACCCAGCAGCCCUUCCCGACCCCUCAAGCGGCCUACACCACCCAUCAGCCCUUCCAAGCCACUCAAGCAGCCUACUCCAAUCAGCAGCCUUUCCAGACCCAACCCACUUACACCACCCAGCAGCCCUUUCAAACCCAACCCGCCUACACGACCCAGCAGCCCUUCCCCGUACAGACCCAGUUCGUCCCCCAGGCCAGCUACCCCCCCCAGGCCUUCCCCUACAGCCUGGCCCCCGAGCCCUCCAAAGUCCCCACCAUGGAGCCCACAGAGGGGGCCGCCUCGCGCUCCUCCACCCCUGCCUCCGGGGGCCGCGAGCCGGCCGCCUCGCCCCCGCUGUUCGAGUCCCGCUGCAGCUCCCCCCUGCAGCUCAACCUGCUCAGCAUGGAGGACACCCAGAGGGCCGUGGAGAGGCAGGACAGCUCGGCGCCCCCUUGUGGAGCGGCGUCGACCAGCACGACCACAGCGGGGCCCACGGGGGAGAAGAGCGGGGCUCCUGUCACGGCCUCAGAGGACCUACAGCAGCUGGCGGGAGACGACGCCCACAGCGAGGCCCCCUCGUCCUCCUCAGACCUGCUGGACAUCCUGCUGCAGGAGCAGGAGGACUCCCGCUCCGGGACCGGCUCCUCCGGCUCCACGGGCUCCGGGUCCAACCGCUGCGGGACGUCCGCCAGCGGCGCGUCAGGAAGCAGAACGGGGAGCAGCAACACCAGUAAGUACUUUGGCAGCGUUGACUCUCUGGAGAACGACCCCAAGAUGAGGGCCCUGCCAGAGACGGGCUCCAAGAUGACCCUGGCCGAGGAGGACAACUUCAAUUACGCCCUCCAGGAACCCAUGUGGCGCCUCAUGUCCAACACCGACGAGAAUGUCAUGAUGACCUAUCAGAUGCCCUCGCGGGACAUCCAGAAGGUUCUGAGAGAUGACAAGGAGCGCCUGCGUCAAAUGCAGAAGAGCCAGCCGCGUUUCUCCUCGCCGCAGCGGAGAGAGCUGGUGGAGGAGCACACCUGGAUGAGGAGGGGGGGCCUGCCCAAGGCCAUCAACGUCAAGGAUUGUGUGUACUGUGAGGACGACUCCUCUGCCCCUCCCAUGGAGGAGAACCUUCCGGACAUGGAGACCCAGGGUUUGGGAGGAGCGCCUCCGCACGAAGACUCCCUCCCCCAGACCACGACAGCAGCCUCUCGCCCAGACCCAGACUCUGUCACCUAGCGACUCUGUCACCUAGCACCCUCUCACCAGCAGAGGGCGCUCCGCUGCUGGUGGACCAACGGACCCCAACACUUUACCUAAGCACACAAACAUAAACACACACACACUGAAGAUGUACAAAUGUGAACACUCCCACAACAGUUCCAGGGUUGUGCACUAAAGACAACUAUGACCCCAAAUUAGCAUAACAUGGCCAAGAUGCUGUUUGUUUUGUGUUCCUUUACAUAUUAUAGAUGACAAAUAUUUUUGAUACACCAAAGCCAAAUUAAUGCAUUUCCCCAACUUGACUUUGCUCUAGAGCUGCAGCUGAACCUUGUAAAGUGUUCAAAUGUGCACCAGUACUUGUCUGGGUGCGUGGGAAUGUCCUGUUAGACAGGUGUUGCAGAAGUUCUCAACUUAAAGGAAAUGUGAACUUGGUUUUAUAAAAUGUGUGUCGUGUUGAGCUUGCCUGUCCGUUAGAAAGUCCUAGUAUUGGAAGGCCAGUACUUCUCAUUUGGACAAUUUUCUAAAUACUUCAGUUGAAGUCUUUUUCUUUAACCCCUGUAACCUCAAUUCUCUUGUAGCAUUUACAGUGCGAUUGUAUCAACUUUUCAAAUAUUCUCUUUAUAUUGUUCUAUAAGGCUGAUUGCACAAGAUACCAGAAAAUAAGCAAACAUCACUGCCUGAGCUUUUGUCACUGUUGUUGUCGUUUUGUUGUAAAAGUGGCAUUCAGUUUUUUGGGGUCCAAAGAUGUGAAGGUGACAGUUAUGUGGUAUUUGACAUCACUAAUCAAAGACACUAGCAUUGAUUGUAACGAUGGAACGCCAGAAUUACAUACAUACAGUAUGUAGGAAACACACUAUCUGUUUUUAGGAAAUGAGGAACCAAGAUAUCCAAAACAGUAGUGGGAACUAUAGUAAUCGGUGCUAGAUAUUAACUGGGAAGCUUUCAAGUGGUGCUGGAUAUUAACUGGGCCAGAUCAGGUGGUGCUGGAUAUUAUCUGGGUCAGAUCAGGUGGUGCUGGAUAUUAUCUGGGUCAGAUCAGGUGGUGCUGGAUAUUAUCUGGGUCAGAUCAGGGGACAGCAGAAUGUCAUCUGGACCAAGUGCAUGUCACUGGCUUCUUACAUUUUUUCUUUAAAAUAUUUCAUGUCUGAAGAUCAUGUGAACAAUUUACUUAAUUUCAUUCGUUAUUUUUCUAUUCGUCAUAUUUUUCUUCUGUGUGUCUAAUUGUCUAUUGAACAGCUCAAGUGUCAUUGGAGACCUAUGAGAAUACCAAGUCGAGUUACUGUAAAAAGUGAAUUCACCGAGCAUGGAUGUACUGUAGAAUAAGACUGGGGCUAAACUGCAAUUGACAGAGAUGAGAGAUUUCAUCUUUUGUCUUAUAUGUUGUGCAAAAAAAAAACUUUGACUAAACUGCGUUCAUAUUGACAGGUAGAAUAGCUGAUGCCCUCAUAUGGCAGGUGAAGGAGUUCACAUGGAUGGAUUGCUAAACCUACACGUUUGUUUUCAUUGAUUGAUCAGACAUUCUGAAUGUGCUUACAAGUUAUUAAACUGAUGGAAUGUUGAAAGUGUUCUCUGUAAACGCCUACCCCUGGUAUCAGCGCAUUCAAAUGGUUGUGUGUGGUCAUGGUUGUGUAUGGUCAUGGUUGUGUAUGGUCAUGUAUAUCUGUGUCAUUGCCAUAAUGGGAGCCUACAGUCCUAUCCAGUUUCUGUAGAUGAAACAAUGAACUAUGUGAGACAUUCAGAUGUUAUCAAAUGCAUAA